AUGGUCAGAACUAAUUCUGUUAGCAGAAAGGCUCUUGUUGGAGGCCAGUGGAUUGGUAUUUCAAAUCCCAUAGCAGCCACUAAAUUGCACUAUGCUAAAGUUGGGCAAUUUGGCAUACAGUCUGGGAAUAUCAUUAUUAGAGAGGGUGUAAGAGACAAGGAAUUUGAAUGCCAAUUUCUGGCAAAAGGAUACAACGAGAAGGAAGAUUUAAGUGUUCAUGAACUCCAGUCUUCUAUUGGAGAGGGGAAGAUGUAUGUCUUCAUAGGAGAGGUCGUUUUAUAUAUAUCUAGAAUGGUUUUUCUCCUAGGGAACUUGAGUAAGGAACCCUCACAUUUUCAGCAGGAUAUUAUUAGUUGUCCAUUUUUGCAAAAUGUCAAUGAACCCACUAACUUCUCCUUGUCAACAUCAAUGGCUUUCCCCCUGCCUACUCAGGGCUUCUCUAUCUUCUUUGUCUUCCUCCUCCAGCUCCAGGUACGGGAUGGAAAAGGUCCAAUAUUUGAGGAUGGUCCCAAUUUUUAUAUGGCAUUCAGGCUUUUCCAUGGACAGAAUGGUGUUGUCCCACUGUCCGAUAGAUCAUUAAUUCGCAAUGAAAACCCUCGGUCUGAACCAGCACCAACCCAGUAUAAUCUCUUGGCAGCAAAGGCUGCCACCAUCAGCCUCUUCGGUUUUGGAUCUGGAGGGCCUUUCGGAUUUGAUGCAUUCUCUGUUAAAAUAUCCAGCACAUGCAACUACACAAUAUUCCAGCUCAUCAUCAGAUCUCCUCCAUCUCUUCAGCUCACGCAAGAUCCAGGGACCAAGGUCAAACUUAUCAAGCAUAUACGCUGGAUAGUUGAAGACAAUCCAUGGACAAAUAAAGAUGAGAAAGAUACUGAUGAAAUGACCUAUGCAAAUCUGCAACUGAAUCCUGAACGCUAUACUGGCUAUACUGGUCCAUCUGCUAGAAGAACUUGGGAUGCUAUUUACAUAGAGAAUUGUCCCAAAUAUCCAUCUGGAGAGUACCAAGAGAAAAGAAUAUCGUACAAGUUGAUAUCUGAACACGAGGCAACAAGCAAUGAGUGGUUGCAAAAUGGAAAUUGCCCAAUUGUAAAAUCAUAUCGAGCAGUAAAACAAGUCCUUCCCCUCGUAGCGAAGGCCUUUCAACCUCCUCUAGUUGUUGCUGCCAGGAGUGCUCUAGCACGAACUGCCUUUGCUAAAAACCUUCGGCCACAACCUCUGCCUACAAAAAUACUUGCAUUUGGUGUUCUGGGAAUGGCUGCAAAUAUACCUUUAGGAAUAUGGAGAGAACACACUGAAAAAUUUUCUCCUUCUUGGUUUGCUGCUGUUUAUGCAGCUGUGCCAUUCAUAGCUAUACUCAGGAAAUCUGUGCUGAUGCCCAAGAUGGCUAUGGCAUUUACCAUUGCUGCAUCUAUUAUUGGACAAGUGUUAGGCUCUAGGGCAGAGAGGUAUCGGCUCAAGUCAGUCUCCGCAAAUAAACUUGGUUUCACAGAAACUCCGAGUUUUGAGCCGACCUAG